AUGCUUACGUUCGGUCUUAUUACUCUAAUCUUUCCUGGAUUUGUUGCCUCAUUCUAUGAUUAUACGCCAGAGACUUUUCCGGAUUCUAUCGAACAGCCAAUAGCAUGCGGCAUGAAAGAACCAAGUUUCCUUUGUGAUCCGAGUUUUCUCUUGAACAAAGGGAACAUCACUGCUAAUCAUCUUCAACUCUCGAAUGCUCUGCUAACGGUGAGGGAACAAACGAAAUGCACUUGUUCUCCGAUGGAUAUUGGACAGUGCGAUGAUGAUGGUCCACGAGGUUUCACGAUUUCUGUGGCUGUAGUGAAGAAAAUAGUUCUAGACGAAGUUCAGAAGAACCGCGACACGGUACGGAUAGCUGCUCAAAUGUUUGCUGACACAUUGAAAAAGCGACAAAGUCGUGGUCAAUGCGAUGAUGAUCUACUAAUCUUCAUAUCGACCGAUGACCAUGUGACCUCGACCUCAUUGGGUGUUGUAACACGGCGAUAUGUUACGGAAGAUGUGGUCACUGCAAUUGCCUCAAAAGCUGAGUCCUACUUCAAAAAAGAUGAUUAUACAAAUGGUUUACGUUAUAUGAUUGAUUCCUACACAACGUUAUUGAAAGGCGAACCACUUGAUCUAAGCAGUGGCUGGAACUUCCCUAUUCCUCUUUGGGCAGUGAUCGUUAUCAGUGCGAUACUGCUUCUGAUGACGAUAGCUGUUUGCGCUUUCGUGAUCUACCGCUGCAUAAUAUACUGUAGAGGAAAUCGACGAGCUGAAUAUACGAUGGGUACUCGGAUGUAG